AUGGAGCGCAAAGUAUUUUUGGUUUGUUCGGUGUUGGGACUGGUGUUUUUGACGUUAUACCUGACGAAACUUGAAGAGAGAGUCCAGAAAAAUUUAGAAGAAAAAGUAAGUGUUAUUCAGAGCCUGCAUGAAAGGAAUGUGGGAAUGGUAAAGAAGGAAUUUAAUUACAAAUUUGAUUCGUUAAACACUGACCUUAGCAAUAAACUAUUGAUAUUAGAGGUGGAUAGGGAGGAGUCCUGCAGUUUUAUAUGGAAGAUAACAAGCUUUAAAAACAAGCUGAGACAAGGAAAAAACAAUGAAAGGAAGUGCAUUAAAAGUGUUCCGUUUUACGCGUAUGGCUACAAAUUGAUGCUAAAAUUGUAUCCAAAUGGCUAUGGAAUUGGAGUGAACUCUCAUCUCUCCAUUGUUAAUGAACACUCAUCUCUCUCAUUUGUUAAUGUAAGGAAAGGUGAAUAUGACGGCAUGUUACCACGGGUGUUCUCAAAGCAAGUAACAUUUACAUUGAUCGAUCAACAAGAUAAUCGAAAUCGUCGACGGCUGAAUGUUGCUAAGGGAUUUACUGCAGACUUUGAAAAGCCUACAGAAAAUAGGACCAGUUCGGAGUGGGGAUUAAUAAAAUUUGUAUCACAUGAUGACUUCUCGGAAAGACGUUUUGUUGUUAACGACACCUUAUUCAUUAAAGUUCAAGUAGAUUCGCCAAGAGUUACGUGA